GACAGAGUCUGUCUGCAGGAACUGGACAUUAGUGACACUUUACUGUCUCUGUCUGGGACACACAAAAAAUGGACACAAACUCUCUAUGCUUUGGUACAUGCGCGAAGUGCACUGGAGGUGUUUACGGUGCUGAUCAGGCCUGCCAGGCCAUGGGACAAGUGUACCAUGACAGCUGCUUCACCUGCUGUGUCUGCGGCCAGAAACUGAAAGGGAAGGCGUUUUAUGACUUUUCAGGACGGGUCUUCUGUGAGGAGGAUUAUUUGUAUUCCAGCGUCAAGCACUUCGCAGAGGUCUGCACUUCCUGCGGAUAUUUAAUCACAGAUAUGGUGCUCCAGGCUUUGGGAAAGUCCUUCCAUCCCGACUGUUUCCGCUGUGUCAUCUGUAAUGAGAAACUGGAGGGACAGACGUUUAGUGUCGACACACAAAACAAGAUAUAUUGUGUGAAAGAUUACCACAGGUGA